ACACACUAGGGCUUAAGACACCAAAGACCAAGUAAAAGGAAAGCCAAAGCCUAACAUGUUUCAUAUUAAAGAUCAUAUUCAUAUUCUUGCACAAAAACAAAAUAGUUGAGUACUAGAGAGAUGGGUGUGGUGAUAAUUGAUGGGUCAACAGUUAGAGCUUUUGUGAGUGAUGAAGAACAAUUUAACAAGGGUGUUAAUGAGGCAUUUGCAGCUUUAGAUCUUGACAAAGACGGGGUUUUAUCGCGCUCAGAGCUAUGCAAGGCUUUCGAAUCUAUGCGCCUCAUUGACACCGACACUACUCCUUGUGAACAAGUUACACAGCUUUAUGAUUCCAUUUUUGACAAGUUUGAUUUGGAUAGCAAUGGAAGUGUUGAUGUUGAAGAGUUCAGGUCAGAGGUAAAAAAGAUAUUGCUUGCUAUUGCUGAUGGCUUAGGAUCUUGCCCUAUUCAGAUGGCUCUUGAAGAUGAUGGUCAUAGUUUGCUCAAGAAAGCUGCUGAUCUUGAGGCUUCCAAGAUUGCUCAAGCUAAAUCUUCUUCUUGAUUAACUUGUUCUAUCAUGUUUAUGUUCUGCUAUACCAAGCUAUUAUUUCAAUAAAAAAAGGGUUCCUUUUUUUAAA